AUGACAAGCGAUACAUGUCUUGGUUGUCCUUGUCCACCAACGGUUUCAAUUUUUCGAAGAGUAGGUUCAGCUCUAUUUUAUGGUGUUUGUUCAUGUCUAAUCACCGUUGUUAACAAACUUGUACUUACAUCUUACGAGUUCCCCUCAUUUCAACUGCUUGCCAUUGGACAGUUAACCGUCUCCAUUGUUGUACUAUAUGUCGCACGAUCUUUUGGACUUAUCCGUUUCCCUCAUUUCUCUGAAAGUAUUAUUAACAAAAUUAUGCCACUACCUUUGCUAUUCUUUGGUAAUCUACUGUUCGGUCUUGCUGGAACCCAAGCAGUCAGUUUGCCAAUGUUUACUGUUUUACGACGUUUUUCAAUAUGGCUAACGAUGAUUGGCGAACAGAUUUAUUUAAUGCAAUCUCAAUCUUUAAUUGCGCAAGCUAGUGUUUAUAUAAUGUUAAUUGGUACUAUGAUUGCUGCUAGUGAUGAUCUAAGUUUUAGUGGGUUUGGAUAUGCGUUUCUUAUUAUUAAUAAUUUCUGCACAGCUGCUCAAGGUAUAAUAAUCAAACAAAAAUUAAUUAACAAAGAAUUUAAUCAAUAUGGUCUUUUGUUCUACAAUUCAUUGGUUGUACUUGGACCAGCAAUUGUUUUAGCUGCUUUCACCGAUGACCUGAAUAAAGUGUGGAAUUAUGAUGGUUAUUCUGAUGUUGGCUUUAUAAUGGCAUUUCUUCUAUCAUCAAUACUGGGAUUCUUACUAAACUACUCAACAAUGCUCUGCACGCAUUAUAAUUCUCCAUUGACAACAACUGUUGUCGGCGCUUGCAAAAAUAUGUUUGUGACAUAUUUGGGAAUGAUUAUUGGUGGCGAUUAUAUUUAUUCGCAUGUGAAUUUUCUCGGCCUUAGUAUCAGUGUUGCGGGUAGUCUUGUAUAUUCUUGGGUAACCUUUGCUCGAAAACCACCAACAACAACAGCACAUGGCACUGGAAUACCACCUGCAACAUCAGAGAGUAGAAAAAACGAUGAUCCUACGGCAAGUUUACAUGAGCCAUAG